AUGCGCGCCGCGCAGCAGGAGUUCCUCCGCUUCCUCCCCAGCGCCCGCGUCUUCUCCACCUUCCAGACGGUGGCGAGGCUGGUGUACCGGGACCGAUGGAGGCAGCUGCUCCGCCACCGCCGGAGGCAAGAAGAGAUGUAUCUCCCACUGAUCAGAGCGCGCAAGGAGCAGCGCCGCACUCGCGACACGACAGCGACGACGACGUACGUGGACACCCUCCUAGACCUCAAGGUCCCGGCAGACGGCGACCGGCGGCGGAACCUCACCGACGGCGAGAUGGUGGGCCUCGUGUCGGAGUACCUUGGCGCAGCCACGGAGAUGGUGGUCGCCCAGCUGGAGUGGACGCUGGCGAACCUAACACGGCAGCCGGACAUCCAAACCCGGUUGCGCAGCGAGGUCGAGGCGGCCGCCGGCGGCGAGCCGUGCGCGUACCUGAGAGCAGUAGUGAUGGAGUCUCUCCGGCGGCACCCGCCGGUGUCGUCCGUGCAGCGGCACAUGGCGUGCGACGUGACGCUCGGUACCACGCGCGUCGCGCGGGGCAACGUGGUCAGCUUCGCCAUAGAAGAAAUCGGCAGAGACAACAAGGUCGACCUGGCCGGAGGAGUUCUCGCCGGAGAGGUUCAUGGCCGGAGGGGAAGGGGAAGGGGUGCGGCUGGCCGUCGGCAGCAAGCAGGAGAAGGCAGCGAAGGUGAAGAUGAUGCCGUUCGGCGCCGGGCGGAGGACGUGCCCGGGGAUGGGCUACGCCAUGCUGCACCUGGACUCAAGGAAAAUGCAAGACAGAAAAGUAUGAAUAACCAUUGGCAAGCAAUGUGA